AGGGGCGGUGCGGCCGCCCGCAGCCCGGCAUGGAGGAAGACGAGGCGGGCGCGGCGAGCGCGGAGCCGCGGGGCUCCCGCCGCCGCUCGCCCAGCCCSAGCCGCCUGGACGUGAGCUCCAGCCGCUUCGACCCGCUGCUGGCGCUCUACUCGCCGCGCACGCCGCUGCCCGUCCCCGCCGCGCCCUGCUUCAACAACCUCGCCGAGUACGAGAGCUUCCAGCGCGGCCUGCGCCGCCCGCGCGGCCGCCGCGCCGCCCCCUCCCGCCGCGGAGCCUCCGCCGCCCGCUCGUCCCGCCGGGGCCCGCCGGCCGCCGACCCCGAGCGCAUCCAGCGCCUCCGCAGCCUCAUGGUCAACGCGGGCCCCGAGCAGGAGGGCGCUGAAGGCGGRACGGCGACGCGGCGGCGGCGGCGGGCACCGCGCAAUGUCCUGACCAGGAUGCCCCUCCAUGAAGGCAGCCCACUGGGGGAACUUCAUCGCUGUGUCCGAGAUGGUGUCAGAAUUAAUGUUCACAUCCGCACUUUCAAAGGACUUCGUGGAGUCUGCACAGGGUUUUUGGUUGCAUUUGACAAGUUCUGGAAUAUGGCCCUGACAGAUGUGGAUGAGACUUACAGGAAACCAGUAAUGGGCAAAGCCUUCUAUGCAGAACCUCAGCUCUCACUGACCCGGCUGUUUGACAGACUCAAGCUGCAGGAAUCCUCGGGGAAAAAGGGAACUGACUCAAAGACUGCCUCAGAGGAGCUGGCCCUGACAAAAGACUCUCAAACGCUGAGUUUGAAGGUUGGAUCAGGACGAGGGAGAGCAGAAGAGGAGCGUGAGAGGCAGAAACACUUGGGCAGAGCUGGAGACAAGAAGACCCCAGGUGACAGAAGUGAAGCUGAUGUGGGCAGCAGGACUGCCCACACAGAGGGGGCCAGUGCUGGUGGGGCCCGUGCAAGGAGCCAGUCCCGGAGGAGAAGGCGGCCCAAGGUGGAUUAUCAGCAGGUGUUCACACGCCACAUAAACCAGAUCUUUAUUCGAGGAGAGAAUGUCUUGCUUGUCCAUUUAGCACAUUGACUUGGCUGAGCCUUUGUUGGCGUAUUUAUUUGAUAGCAUGACUUGCUGSUGCAGCUCCCAUUGCUAUUUAGACUUGUCAUUGAGUAGGAUGGUACUGUGGCUGGUUUCCCACUGCCACAAUAAGGUAGGGGAAAGAAUUGUAACCUGAGCAUCCUGGGCUUGAUGCCAAAGCAGCCUCCUUAGAUCCCUGCUGGGGGUCUCAGGAGAAGGUCAGCAGUGCAGUUGUUUCUAUGAUGUGAAGGAGUUCAGCACAGAUAGUACUAUUUCUUAAAAAGAGGGGUGGAAGAGAAUUUUGGUGUACUCUGUUACAGGAGCUACKUGUGGCACACAUUUAAGGAUAAGAUCUCCACCUGCAAUAAAUCAGCAAUGCUCUUUUGCACAUCCUGAGUAAUAUCAAGAGGAAAUUGCUAACGAAACCAACAGUUUAUCUGCUGCUGCUACAUGGGUGUCCUCUUUUCCUGACAUAAUUCUGACAGUAAUUUUGAACUAGUUUAUAAAACACUGGAAUCACAUCCUGCUGAUGGCUAGUGGCCUUUUUGCCAUAGUUAGCUCUGUAAUGCCCCACAUGAUAGAAAACCUCUUAACUGUAAACUACUCUUUUAGUGKGAGUGAUGGCAGGACUGUAACUUGUUCCCAGUAUCAAAAUUUAGGCUCUCUUUGUAAUGCUGUGCUUUGGCCCUGUGUCACCAGCAGGCAGAUGAUGUAGCUGAUCCAGAUCCCUGUUUGGAGUUUAUCUGUGGGUGAAGAUGAAACCUAUCCUUUUUUAUUUCACCCAUUUSCUACUUAGUGUAAUAGUGAAGCUGGAAAAUAGAGGGCUUUUCUCAGUUGUGUUUGUGCUGAGCACACUUAUCCUGUAUUUAAGCACCUUUCAGGCUCCCUCUGUUGAAAUUAGAGGUGCUCAGACUCCAGCAGUUCUAAUGGAGCAGAAAUCUUCAUGGAUCUUUCCUGUCCAUGUGAGGGAUGCAUCAUCUAAUUCCAGUAGAGCUUUAGAGAUGUGCCUGAAAARUAUGUAGAAGUAUAGAAGUCUACUCAUCAGUGUUUCAUUUUAGCAAGGCUGUUAAAUUAUUGCAGAUCAGGCCAGGGUUCUGCAGGUAUAAACUGCUUUCUAAAAAACCUGCGUGCAGAAGUUUGAAGGUAAAUGAAGCUGUUCCAUUGUGUAGCCUGUUCCCUUUGUUGUCCAAGGAGAUUUCAUGCUGCUAUUCUGUAUUCAUCUCAACUGCCUUGUGCUUUGCAGCAGCUCUUGUGUGUUUAAGCUGAAGUUGGGAAUUGCUUUAUAGCUGGACUUACAUUGCACAUAUAGAUGUCCUGAGUUCUCAAACUGAGUGGCUGUGCUGUGGGUGACAUGGAUUUCUGUUGCUGCAGAUGCAGCAUUCUGCUUGCUUUGUCGUUAGGGAUAUGUCUGGUGUUUGGGUGAAUCAGAGAAAUCAUUUAGCAGGCAUUCUGGACAUACAAAGCAGCUGUUUGCCUCUGGGGGAGCCUGAAAUUUAUGUCAGCAUUUCACAUGACAUGGGGCUCGAUGAGCUCAGCCACUGAGCUCAAACCCAAGUUCAGCCUGGGACGGAAAAAAAAUACCAUUGAGGCAGAAUAGUUUUGUCAAGGGUAAAGAAGAAAUGAAGAAAAUGAAUUACUCUCUACAGCUUCUUAUGAAAUAUUGUUUUACUGCAGCAAUCCCAUCCUUCUGUGAGCUGAGACUAGGCACUGAAAAGACUCUUCUUGUGGAGGUUCGUGUUUCCCCUCUGUUCUUUACUGUUCUUGUUUGUGGUCAUGUGCUCUGCAGUUUUUCCCUUUUUUUUUUUCUCCUUUUUUCCUCCUCUUUCUCCUGUGAGUACUUUGUCUCUUCAGGACAUUCUAAACUCUGGUUUUACAAAGACUGUUCUUCUURUCCUGGCUUUCUGAACCCUUUCCUGGUUGGCUUUCUAUGCACUAACCAGAACCCUCACAAAUUACUGGAAACAGRUGAAGCUAGAAACAAGGUGCUCUUCUCUGCUCCUGGCUUCCCAGCAGCUUUUAUUGCUAGUGAAUAUUUUCUUCCUUAUGCUUU